AUGGAAUCAUCCUUUGUGGUUUUCCGUUGGGCGCCAUUUUGAUUAAAGUGAUGUGAAGGAGGACUGUUAUUUCUUCCAUUGUUUCUGUAUUUAAACUCGUUUAUACCUGAGGAAAUGGCUACGGGCGCAAACGCAACUCCUUUAGGGAAGUUGCACCCGAGUAUCGGCGCUAAGCGAGGCUUUGACGCCGGGCCCGGAGCUGCUGGAAACGGCCUGAUGCCGACGCCCGGUCCUCCCGCUGCCUUCCCUCCGUCCUUACAGACCUUCCAGCCGCCGAUGCCCAGCGCCACGUUCCCGCAACCGCAGAUACAGUUCAACCCCGGUGCGGGGGCAGGUUUUGCGGCGCAGGUUCCACAGCAACCGGCUGCAGGAGGCGGGAUGGCCAAACCAGAUUUCGGUCUGAAGAAAUCAAGGAAGAAGAGUCGAUGGAGCAGCGAGACGCCUGAUCAGAAGACAGUCAUACCGGGCAUGCCCACUGUUAUUCCUCCUGGACUGACCCGGGACCAGGAGAGAGCCUAUAUAGUCCAACUGCAGAUUGAAGACCUGACUCGUAAACUGCGUACAGGAGACCUGGGAAUCCCUGUUAACCCUGAGGACAGGUCUCCCUCUCCGGAGCCCAUCUACAACAGCGAGGGCAAGAGGUUAAACACCCGCGAGUAUCGCACACGAAAGAAGAUCGAGGAGGAGCGUCACUCCCUCAUCACUGAGAUGGUUGGACUCAACCCUGACUUCAAGCCUCCUGCUGACUACAAGCCUCCAGCCACCAGAGUCAACGACAAAGUUAUGAUCCCCCAAGAUGAAUACCCUGAAAUCAACUUUGUUGGUCUGCUAAUCGGGCCACGUGGUAAUACGCUGAAGAACAUUGAGAAGGAGUGCUGUGCCAAGAUCAUGAUCCGGGGUAAAGGUUCUGUGAAGGAGGGGAAGGUCGGCCGAAAGGAUGGACAGAUGCUGCCGGGGGAAGAUGAGCCUCUGCAUGCCCUGGUCACCGCCAACACAAUGGAGAACGUCAAGAAAGCUGUGGAGCAGAUUCGCAACAUUCUGAAGCAAGGCAUUGAGACACCUGAGGAUCAGAAUGACCUACGAAAGAUGCAGCUAAGGGAGCUGGCCAGACUCAAUGGCACACUGAGGGAAGACGACAACAGGAUCCUUCGUCCUUGGCAGAACUCUGAGCCCCGCAGCAUCACCAACACCACCCUCUGUACCAAGUGUGGUGGAGCAGGCCACAUCUCCUCUGACUGCAAAUACACCAGCUCAUUCGCUGCCCACAGAGCGACAGGUGGCGAGCCUCCUCAGUCAGCCCAGGACAAGGCUCGUAUGGACAAGGAGUAUCUGUCCCUGAUGGCUGAGCUAGGGGAGGCUCCGGUCCCCCAAUCUGGCGGAGGACACUCCAGCAACCAGGGAGGAGGGCAGCGGUCCUCAGGACAAAACAACAACCAGCCCCCACCGCAGAACCGGCCUCCUUGGAUGAACUCUGGCCAUAAUGAGAGCAGGAGCUACCAUAGCAUGCAUGGAGCGCCUGGUGGAGGACACCACAGCUACCCUCCCCCCAUGCCCAACAUGGGAGGGCCCCCUAUGCCCCCCAACCCCAAUGGCCUGCCUCCCCCCUGGAUGCAGCCCCCUCCACCUCCCAUGGGCCAGGCUCCAGGACCUCACGGACACCCCAUGGGUCUGCUGCCACCUCCAAUGGGCAUGAUGCCACCUCCACCUCCUCCCCCUAGCAACCAGCCGCCUCCUCCCCCUUCUGGACCCCUGCCACCAUGGCAACAGCAGGCUCCACCUCCCCCUCCCACCAGCAGCAUGGCAACCAGUACACCGCUGCCCUGGCAACAGAAUACCACCACCACCACGUCCAGCAGCGGCACCCUGCCUCCAUGGCAGCAGCCCCAACAGCCUGCGGCCUCCGCAGCCCAGCCCCCACCCCCCAUGGGAACCCCAUCCAUGGUGCCACCUCCGCCCGGCGUCCAGCCCCCGUUGCCCCCCGGUGCCCCUCCUCCUCCCCCUCCACCACCUCCAGGCUCAACCGGCAUGAUGUACGCCCCGCCGCCGCCCCCACCACCCAUGGACCCUUCCAACUUCGUCACCAUGAUGGGGAUGGGGGUACCGGGCAUGCCCCCCUUUGGCAUGCCUCCCGCCCCUCCACCUCCUCCACCCCAGAAUUAACCCGGCCACAGAAGAAUCGUCCAACAAGAGUCUCCACCCUGCAGCACAUUGUGAAUGUGCGCUCACAGAAAAGAUAUAACCAGUGCUUUAUUUUUUAUUGAUCCUUGAUAUUGUGGAGACAUCUCUGAAACGAUGAAAGGUUGUGUUAGUUCAAUUUGUAAAGUUGCGUAACUUUAGUACAUGAGUUAUUUUUUUCCUGUUUUUAAAAGUUUGUGUUAACACAAAGCUCCUUGUGUGCAUACAAACACCGUUGCUCUCGGACAACAUGAUCUGCAUUGCUCCCGUAGUUUGUCACGUUACUUGUAUACCAAAUAAACUGCUCAAGAUAGUUUAAUUUCACAACAGUCUCAUCGCUUCAAACGUUCAAUUCAGACCUUAACACUUAACUAUUAUUGGAUUUAAUAUAUUGAAGUUCAACUUGCAUGAUCCACUGUAAACGACUCACUCACAAAUUUAUACUCCUGUCAUGUUCCCUGUGUUGGCUUUGAGUUGAAUAAGAUUAAUAUUUUUGUAAUAACGAGAUGUGAAGUGUAUCUUAGUUCUGUCAGAAAACCUUUUUGUAGUACUGUCUCAGAUUGUUUUCCAGAAAUUCCCAGGGUUUUAAUUGUUUUUUCUUUUGUUACUUGCCUGCGUCUCAGUUGUGACAUUGAGUUUGAAAGAGGGGAAUUAGAUGCUGCGAUCUGCCGUCUUCUGACCCCCCCUGCACUACUUGAAUGCUGAGAAUCUGAUAUAUCCUUGUUUUUCUGCAUCUCUUUCUGCUCUGAUAAGACGCUGUGUGGAGUGUUUGUGUUGCUUCUGCAAGGACUAAAGAUAUCAGUUUUGUCCCUCUCGAGUUAUUAGACAACAAAUAUGUUAGUUUUACUGUCUCUGGAAUCCCUCUUUUGUGUUAUGGCGCUAGCCUGAAUGAAAAGCUGUUGAAAUCUUGCUUGGUUUAGCAUUAAACUGAUCCAUUUCACAUUCUU